AUGGGAGAGGAAUCAGUGUGGGCUUGUAAGAAUGGAGAUCUGGAUCAGGUGAAAGCGAUUGUAGAGAAACCGGUAAGAAAAUAAUUUUGUGGAAGCGCACUGGAAGAAAUCUUUCAUUUUAUUUGUGGGUGUGUGAAGUGUUGUUUUAUUGACAUGUUUUUUCGCACGACUUGGUCCGAGAUUGGAGUUUUUCUAAAAAUACAGUAGAUACGAAAAAACACUAUAAAGGCCCUUCAUAACUACAUUAGUUAGUUUGUAAAUGGUCAGCGCCGACCUUUUCUACCAAUGAAACAAAAUGGACGCGUGCCCCGAACUGCACCGAUAUUUUAACAGUUUAUUUGUCGUUGGCCUUCUCGUGUUGCACUUAAUCCUGGAAGUUUUGAUCAAACGAUCGAGGUCAUUUGCAAAUAUAAUUGAGGUUCUGCGUUAGUCAUUUGUGUGGAGAUGCUGCACUGAAAGAAUAUAUUUACCCCAGUUUAACUGAGUUUUAUUUUAAAGUCGUUUUAGAGACAUUAAGCCUAAUUCAUGCACUGUAAAAAAUUUCAUGGUGGUAAUUCCUUUGAGUGCAUUAUAUUAUUUGUCCUUCCAUUUACACUUUUGUUCUAAAAUAAAUGUAUUUUUUUUGCACACAAUAAUGUCUUUUUAGUGCUACUUUAUAAGCCGUUGAGAACAGAACUUUAUUGUAUCAUUCCAGAAAAUAUCCAUAACUCCCCCUCCAAUAGUCAGUGGAAUUUCUGAGGGGGAGGGGGGGAGUUAAAAGACCCAAUUUUCUGACAGGUUAGGGGUUAUCCAUGUGAAAUCAUUUUUCCAGAGGGUCAUACAAUACUCACAAUAAUUGAUCAUGUACUUACCAUAUAGUAUGUUGUGGUGGCAAACAAAAAUUAAGAAAUAAAAGGAAUAGUUUUGCGAUGGUUUUUAGGGAGGGCAUGAUCACAGGCUAUCCUGGCUUCUAUGAGCAUGACCACCAUCUUCGGAACUUUGAUAGGAAACAAAAGGAAAGCCAUGCAAAAGGAAUUUCCUAGCUGUCAAAUUCUCCGGUAUUCUAAUUGCAUAUUAUUCUCAGGAAAUCUUAAUGACAUUCAGAAAAGUGUUCUUGUAGCUGCAACCAUAGACUUUAAUUUCAAUGUACUUUCCUUUAGAUUCUUAAGCCAAAUUGUCAAGGCCAAUGUUUUCUCUUUGCCAUUCCCCCAUCCACUUAGACUUUAAGGUUUCUUUGUUGACGGUCAUGUAAUGUUAACUAAGACACUGUUUACACAGAUCCUGACAAAUUUUAGAAUAGACAAAAACUUUCACAGAUCCGUCUUUUGUUCCCAUGGAACCCAAGGAACCAUGCAAGCUUUUGACAUAAUCACAAAUAGGUCAAAUUCUUUACCGGUACAGUUCACUUUAACACGAACUCGUGUUAACACCUGUCCUGAACCAUGCAAGUUUUUGCAUAGUUUGUGUGAUAAAAGCCUGGAGCUUGGUUACACACCUUCCAUAAGUUGAUUAAUGCAAAAGCUUUAACCUAUCACUGAAACUAUGCAAAAAUUUGUAUGGACUUGUGUAAAAAGCACUGAAAUCUGUAACAAAAUUUGAACUGUUCUGUGUAAACGAGUUGUGUAGUUAAAAAAUACUUCUGUUCAAAAAUUGUGCAGACCUGUGUAAACAGGAUCUUAUUCACUUCUGACUGGCAAAUGAACCAAUUUGCAAUUUUCUAGGGUUUUGAUGUGAAUGCUGGGCUGUUAGCAGGACGCAAUGGCCUCCAUUAUGCUGCCGAUUACGGACAAAAGGAAGUCAUAGAGUUUCUUCUAUCAAAGGGAGCAAAUAUCAACGUAAGUUACUAUAAAGCAGUUUGAAUGCUGUUGUUAAUGAAAGUUGGCAAAUAAAUCAUGUCCAUCCUCGGAGACCCAGGGGCAGAUAGUGGGGGCGAGAGAAAGUCUAAACGGGCAGGAAAAUAUGGCACGAAGAAAAGUAAAGAACGGCGAGAAGAGCCCCUGGGGACAAUGUCUUACCAGACCAGUUCCAAACGGUCGCCGCCAUUCUGCCUUCUGAUUGGGCAGAAAAACACAAAAGUUUUCUGGCACCAAUCAGAAACCAGAACGAUGGUGACAGUUUGGAACUGGUCUGAUAAGACAUUGUCCCCAGGGGCUCUUCUCGACAUUCUUUUCUUUUCUUCGUGCCAUAUUUUCAAGCGCUUAGCACUGAAAAGUAUAGGCCCUAUAUAAAUAUAUUUUUUUUAUUAACUUUUUUAAAUAUUUUCCCGCCCGUUUAGACUUUCCCUCACCCCCACUAUCUGCCCUUGGGUCUCCGAGGAUGAAUCAUGUCAGUCUUUCAUGAAUUGUAGAUAUAUCUGUCAGUAAGCACAAUCGUUCUUUGUGACUGGUCAAUGUAGAGCCUAAAUUGCAGUAUAAACCUGACAUGGAAAUACAAUAAGUAUUUUGCUAAACUGGUUUUCUCAAUAAUAUUGUUAAGUUAUGGAGCUCGUCUGUUGUACAUACAGUUGCGUCUAGCACACUUUUUCGAACCAUAAAUCUGAAGGAAAACAAUGUUGGUCCAUAACAAAUACAGACUUUAGGAACUUAAACUUGCUCAGUUAAAGGAAUGUAUUCACCAAUGGAAAAAAAGUAAGAUAUUCCUACUUCUUUUGUGAAAGAAAGGCAUGCGUAGUGGUCAAACAAUAUUAUUAAAGAGAACAAGUAUUAACAAAACGAAGUGCCUAGAGUCUUUUGUGUAUUUUACCCAGUGUAUGCGGAUGCCAAGACACUUUACCUGUGUAUGUAACAUUACAACCAUGUCUUUUGACCUACAUCUGAAGCUAACAAGUCAAACCACCAGCUCCAUCCAAUGUUUCUAUUAAAUUUAAUGGCCAGUCAGAGCUGUCAUUAGGGGCCAUAAACCAUAACAGCUGUUAUGGCUAAGCUCACUUGGUGUUACAGGUGAUCAAACUGGAAAGCGAAAGAUGACACUAUAAACUUUUUGUGGGAUGUUAUGGGUGAAUCUUUAGUUGCUCAAGGCUGCUUCAAAACUAAAUGAAAGCCCUCACAGUAUCUGUCAUUAGUUAUCAGAUAGGACAGUGAAAUUGUCUGGCAACACUCUUUAUUUUGAAAAUGAGUAAAACAAAGCAGCCAGAGGAGAAUUAUUUGUGACAUGCUCCUUUCACUGGCAGGCUGGCUUGAACCAAUGCACCUGACUCCUAGCAUGCCGGUUGUUUUUUUUUUUCUUAGUUUUUAUAGAGUGCACAUUUUAUUUAUUUUUUAUUUUGUUAGCUUCGCCCUAAAGAAGACAAAAAAAAACACUGUAGAUGCAAACAGCAUUGGAGGCCUCCUCUCCUUUCUCACCUUGUGUGCACGCGUGUGUUUCCCAAACUUUCUCCCUUCGCCGUAAAAAAUUACGGCACUUGUUACACAGGCUACCUGACUGCAUUCAAACCAUAGUAUCUUCAGAUGGAUGUGCUUUGAUUGAACGCCUCCUUAUUGGUUAAAUAAAGAGUUUACCUUUUAAAUUUAUCCAAACUUGAUUACUGUGAUCAUUCUUCAAAAUGAGUUUUCUUUUCUUGACAUCAUUAGCUUCCAGACAAACAUGGCAUAACUGCUCUGUUGGCCAGUAUUUUUGAAAGUCAAACAGAAUGUGUGAAAUUACUGCUUGAAAAGGUGAGAAAAUAUUAAAGUAAAUUACUCUAGUAACACUAUUAUUAAAAGACGUAGAGGAAUGAAAAUCUUAUUAUAUAUUUGGAAAGUGCCCUUAGCUUAUCCAGCUAGUUUAUAGUCACUCCACUCAAGUAUAUUACAAGUAACAAAUAAUCUAAAUAGAACAUAACAGGGUUAAAAACCUCAACUGGCAGGAGGCAACCAGGCGUGGCCAAGGAUUAGAACUCGGGAAGACCAAGAACAAAUUUGACUAGUGUCCAGAGAGGGACUUGAACGUACAUAUAAGACAACCACAUUGCGAGUAUAACAAACUAAUUUGGCUGUGCUACUUCCUACGUAAUUCACCAGCACACAUUGUGAUCUCAAUCAAAAGUAAUUCAGUUAUCAAAAUCUUUGUAAAGAUCACAGGCAAGCUGAAGAAAAGUAAGUCACCAUGCCAUGAAGCCAUUGUCAAUAUCAACAUGCAUAUUCUCCACAUUUUCUGCUUAAAUUGUUUUCGAAGCCAAUAAGGACAACUUGUUCAAACAUCAAGACAUCAAGACAUUUUAAACUUGGGGUUCGUUUCCAGCGCACCAAAUCUAUAACCAUUUUUGGUCAGCAUGGCAAUUAGGAUUUACUAUUUUAGCAACCAUAACAGACCUUUUUACCGAUACGGCGGCCAUAUUGAAUUAAUUUGAUUUAAUGAUUAUUAUAGGAUUACAUCCAAACACAGCACAAGGAUCUUUCUUCCCAUUACAAUCUUAUUCUAAGAAAACUUAAGAAAAAAUGGCCCAAAAAGUGCUCGAAAAUACAAACGAAAUGUGCUCAUGCCCCCUGGGCAUCCUAUAAUACUCCUUAAAUGAAAUUAAUUCAAUAUGGCGGCCGUAUUGGUAAAAAGGUCUAUUGCAGCCAUUUUAAGUUUACGGUGCUGCAACAAACCAUAGUAUCAUUGAGUGUUCAUGAUUUUUCUUAAGUUACAGUUAAAUAAACUGUUGAAUGAAUAUUAUUAUUUAUAGUCCAUUUUCUUUAUAAUAAAAUUCACCUUUACAAGGAUGAUUUUCCUUCUACUAGCCCUGAGGUACUAUUAUGUGAACCUUCAGGUUCGAUUGUGAUAUGUGGGUAGCCUUUUUGAUCAUGGUAAACACUUCACGUACAAUGUCAGUGCUUCUGUUACCUCUGCAUCCUGUGAAUCUGACGCAUUAAAAUCCCUAAAGAUGCAAAGUAAUUCAUGGCAUGCGUCCCAUAGGACACAAAGAUCGAUCAUUCUGAACAUGUGUACGUGUAUUUGUAGAAAUAUCUGGCCUGUUUGUGUAAUUUCUGUGGCAGUUAUUAUGGCUGUUGUUUAACGAUGCAUAUUUCUUUUAGCCUUUGUUGUUCUUUAAAUGAGAAGGACUAUACUUUAAUUUCAGUACACUGUAAUACAGAGCUUUGGAGUCUGUCUUCAGAUUAAGUGUCUGGUAAUAGGUUACAUAAAGUCCUAAGCAUUUUCAAUUUCACCUCGUUGUUUUUAACUGGGACUCAUUGGUUCUGGACUAAGACUCAUGAUUUUUCACAAGAUGAGUCCCAGGACUCACCAUAACUAUUUGUAACAAAAUCACUGCAAUAUACCUAAUUAUUGUCCUCUUUUCAUGAAACCAUUUAUUUUUCUCUGGCAAUGAUUCCAUAAUUUUGAGGUCCCUAAGAAGACUUUGGAAAAUAUUGAGCUAGCACCACUUAUUUCCAGACAACGAUUUGAUAAGCAUAGAUACCAUUUUUCCUUUGUUUUAGGGCGCUGACAAAAAUUUAAAAGCCCCUGAUGGUAGAUCUUAUCUUGAAUGUGCUGAAACAGAUGACAUCAAGAGUCUUUUGAAGUAG